GCCCCCCCCCCCCCUCGAGCUUAAACUCCAGUUCUGCAUGGCGAGCUGGCUGAUACUAGUACUUUAAACUUCUGUGGCUAGCUACCUAUCUAUCUGUCCCUCCGGAGCAUCUUUGUCGUCAUGUCCUUGUCAAUUGCUCCAACCGAGACAAUAACGUCCCUGUCUCUGAUCCCUGACCAUAACGAUGAGCCUCCCGAGCAGCGGCUUUCAGAGGUAGAUCUGCUCAAGGCUUCCUGCAUCGUCCGGCAACGGCCCAUCUCAGUCACAUUAGACGGCACCGCCGUCUUCGUCGUCUCCCUGGGCGUCGUGCUCGCCAUCCACUUCCUGGAGGCAUAUCUGGCCGAGGCCGUCGUCAGCCUCAUCCCCAUCGCCCUGCUCGUCCACAAUGACUACCGCAACUUCCUCAGCCUCGGGCCCGGCGGCACCCCGUCCACCAUCCAGGGCUAUCUCCGCAUAACCUGGCUCCGCAUGCUCUCGCUGCGGGACCCCUUCACAGCCCCGUUGCCCGACCCGAACCGCGAACCCAAGGCUGGCAUCCUGAGCAGCCAGCACCUCCCCUACCGCGCCGGCCCUCGCCCUGCCGUCGCCGGCAUCGCUCCACAGCGCCAGCUCGACCAGCAUGGUUCUCGGCAGUGCUACAUCGCACUCCGCCGCGCCAUGGAGCGCCUCAGCGCAAGAAACCCGUCCAAGUUUGGCACCGAGCGCUCGUGUCUCGAGAAGCACGGCCUGGCCCUCUUCGCGCGGCACCCGCUGCAGACCACCUGCCAGGGCGAGAUUUGCCACGUCCACGACUCCGACCACUCCAUGCACCUGUGUCUGCACCCGGACGACAUCAAGGAGAUUCUGCAGAAGGGCUGGGGCCAGAGGCAUCCGCUGGCGUGGAAGGGGCGCUUCAUUCAGAUGCCCGUCUCCCAGGACUUUGUCAUGAUCUAUGCGCCCAGAAAUGACAUGGAGCUGGAAAUUGUCGGCAAGAUCAUCAACGCCGCCAUCUGGUACACCCUCGCCGAGGAGGUCGACAUCAACGCAAAAUGAAAAGGCAAAGAGAAAAGAGGGUACAGACCUGCCUGCUACGUCUCCUCCACGACCCAACAUGUCUCGGAAUACAUCAUUUGUCUCUUAGGGUAUUUUACAGCGUAUGGCGUUUGUCCUUUGUCUGUUAUGGCAUAUGUAGCAUGAACUCUUCUUUUUUGGUAGGUAACAACGGAUGGGAACCACGGGAGCAGGCACGUAUCUGAGUAUCUGAGGUAGGUAAACCGUCAAUUGACGGGUGAGAAUCAUAACCUAGCUUUAAAGGGGUAUCAGUUAGUACUACUUUGUGAGUAGCCACCA